GUUUGAACGAUUCAAUAAUUAUAACUUAUUUAAUUUAGUUUAAUUCAUUGUUGUGUAUUCCUAUAAUUUAUGGUGUUUAUCCUGUAAAAUAUUUGUGGUGAAGAAUCAUCAUAACCUCACUUUUAAAAAGGUUCUUUUAUAGUGAAAAGGUUAUGCAAUAUUUGCUCUCAAGAAAAAGUCAUAUCUUCAAAGUAAACCGGGAUAAUUAUUUUAUUGAAAAUGAUUCCCGAUUAUCUAGAAAAAUUUAAAGUAUGGGAGCUUUGGGAGUUACCAGAUGAUGAAGAAUUUUAUACUUAUGAAUUACAAUCUUGGGAAGAAGAAGAAUGGAAUUGGGAAGAAGAAGAAAAGAUAAUAGAAUUAAAAGAUGACAAAUCUUUUUUAAAGGCGUGGGAACUUUGGAAAACAGAAGAAGAUCAAGGUGAAAAUGAAUCACGUGAGGAAGCUUUUGAACGACUGGAAAAUUGUGGAGAACAGUUAUCUCUAGGAUUUUUAUACUUAACAACUAUUCCCAAUGUUUAUCCAUAUGGAUUAAAGGAAUUAUAUCUGGCAGAUAAUCAUUUAAAACAAAUUCCAGAUAAUUUACCUGAAACACUUGAAAUUCUAAAUAUGGAUAGUAAUCAAUUGUACAGAAUUCCAGAAAAAUUACCAUCCAAUUUACGGGAAUUACUAUUGCUUAGGAAUUACAUAAGAAGUAUUCCAGAAACAUUACCUGAUUCAAUAACACUUUUAAAUUUAUACGAUAACAAGAUUGAAAUAUUACCCAAUAAAUUACCCAAAAGUUUAAAAACAUUAAGUGUUUGUGAUAAUCUAUUAACAAGUCUACCAGAAAAUUUACCUGAAACCUUAGAAGAAUUAGAAGUAGGAUCAAAUAAACUUACGUGCUUGCCAAAUAAUUUACCAAAAUCAUUACGUUUGAUAUUCGCAGAUUAUAAUGCAAUAAAAUUUUUACCCAAAACAUUACCUGAAAUGCUAAAAACAAUUACUAUUAAAUCUAAUAGCUUAACUUGCUUACCAGAACAAUUACCCAAAUCGUUAGAAAAAUUAUCUAUUUCGAGUAAUCAAAUAACCGAACCAAAAUUAGAUUUUGAAUCCUUAAUUGAAUUGUACAUUGAAAAUAAUGGAAUUGAAACAAUACCUGAAGAAAAUUUUAAUUUACCUAAAUUAAAAACGUUUUUCGUUUCGGAUAAUAAAUUAAAAAUGUUACCGAAAAAUUUACCCGAAACAUUAGAAUGGUUAUACGCAUGUAAUAAUGAGUUUACAGAAAUUCCAACUGAUUUACCAAAAUCCUUAAAAAAUUUGGAAUUGGAUGGUAAUAAUAUAACUACUUUAUCAGUAGAAUUACCUCCAAAUUUGGAACGAUUGAAUUUAAACUAUAAUAAAGUUACGGAAAUUCCUACAGAAUUACCCGAAUCAUUAGAAUCAUUAUCUUUAUACGAUAAUCUGAUCGCUGAGGUAUCACCAAACAUUGAAAAUUUCCCCAAUACUACAAUUUAUCUGGAAGAAAAUCCAUUAUCUGAGACCAGUUUGGAAUAUUUACGGUGGUUAAUUCUCACUACAGGUCGUCAAAAUAUUUGUUUUAAUGGUAGUCAUGAGUAUUAUUUAAACUUUGUUGAAGCAAGAACAUUAAUUGAAGAAAUUCCAAAUUGGUUGGAUACGGAAUUAAUUCAUCCAUAUUGGAAUACCAUUUCUGAGGAAAUAACCGCUAGACCGUUUUCUCGUUUAUUGUAUCGAAUACGACAAACACCAAAUUUUGAAGUCGCACAAUUUAAAGAAGAUAUGUCAAAAUGGUUAUGUUUAUUAGGAGAAGAUAAUAAUUCCAAGCAAAAGUUGCGUGAAAAAAUAUUUUUAGUGGCGGCAGAGGCGAAUGAGUCAUGCGAUCAUCGUGUUGGUUGGUCCUUAAAUCAAAUGAAAAUACUAAGCAUCGCUCAAGAGGUGGAAUUCGGUAAAUAUGACAAUAAAAUGGAAGAAUUGAUAAGAUUAGCUCGUGGAAUGUAUCGAUUAAAUGUUUUGGAUCAAAUUUCAAGACAAACAGUACGAAACUUAGAAAAUGCUUGUGAUGAAAUCGAAAUAUAUUUAGAAUAUCAAAUUCGUUUACGUGAGGUAUUCGAUUUACCAAUUGGCACAUCGAAAAUGAAUGAACAUUAUUCAUUUGUUUUACCCGAUGAAGAUAUUGAACGUGCUGUGAAAGGAAUAGUUAAUAAAGAACGAAUUGAAUUUAUUGAUUAUUUAUUACUUGAUUGGCAACCUUGGAAAGAGGUCCUUAAACGAUGGAAUUAUGAUCAAUUCGUAAAAUGUGAAAAUGAUAUUAGAAAUGAAGAAUUUUUUAAACAAACAUUGGACAAACGAAAAAUGGAAUAUUUAUUAGAAACAAAUAUGUCCGAUGAACUUCCGUUGGACGUUGAAAUUCAACUUGGCUCUCAAGUUCAACGUCAAAUUGAAAAAGAUAUUUGGUUGAAACUAACGAAUGAAUUCUUGGAAAGUAAAAACUUAGGAAAUAUAGAAAGACUGUGAUUCGAUUUUUAAGAAAAAUGUUACCGGGUUGACGUUGAACUUGAGAGCCAAGUUGAAUUUCAACGUCCAACGGAAGUUCAUCUGACAUAUUUGUUUCUAAUAAAUAUUCCAUUUUUCG